AGCGAGCACUCACCUUCACAGACAGCCACUCGUACACCCGUGAGCUCAUGCGCGCUCUCUCUGUCUCUCUCUCUUUCUCUGGCAUCGAAGAUCCGGCGCUCUCCGACUCUCCUAUCCCCUCAAGUCGCAGAAUAUUCCGCUCCAACUGCUGUGCUUCGUUUACUUUUUGGUUGUGUUUAUUCUCCUCAAACACGCUGUUAUAUUGUAUGGUUGCGUGUAGUCUGUAUUGUCGCUGGUGUUGAUGGUUACUUUUUCCUCAUUGCUCACGCCCAUGCGCAUUAUCUUUGUUUCUGUAUUAUGUACUGAUUUAAACCUGUGCGGAAAAGGUAGCAAAUUCGUUUGAGAUGUAAGGACAACCAACUGUUUCUUCACGAUUUGAAUUUUCAACUUCUUCAACUUAUAUUGAAAAUCUGCUUCGCAUCAAUAUUUGGAUUUGUGUGAUUUUUCAAUACUGUGAGCGGAUGCACAUUUUUCUAAUGUCCCCAUCUUUGGAAAAUUUACCAGUGUUUGAAAGAAAUUUCCAGAACGUCAAAACUCACAUGAGUCGCAUCCUCCGGUCGUUGGUGAUAGCCUCCAUAGUGGAAUAACCAAAAGAGUUUGUGAGAGUAGACUCGGCUUUGCGGAACGAAACCCUAAAUCCUUCGACAUGGAUAGCCAGAAAGGUCCUGUUGACAGUCGUGACGGGCCACAGUCCAACACUGACAACAACGUGAGUCCCGUCAACACGCACGUUUUCAUCACUGUCCCAGAGGAAGACUUGGGUUUUCGCGGAAAUCUGAAACGAUACGGGCGGAAAUGUCUCGCUGGCAGCAAGGAAAAUGCUCUUCUUAUCGGCCUCCUCCUGUCUGUGGUUGGCGGAGUGGUCAUCGGCGUGGUUGCCAGAAGCCUGAAAGACAAGUACUCAAAGAGGGAGAUCAUGUACCUGGGCUUCCCUGGAGAGAUUCUCAUGAGGAUGUUGCAGAUGCUUAUUUUGCCCAUUAUCCUUUCCAGUCUCAUCUCAGGCAUUGCUGGGUUGGAUGCUAAAACCUGCGGGAAGAUGGGACUCAGGACUAUAGGCUACUUCGGGACAACCACAUUCCUGGCUGUAUUUCUUGGCAUAGUGCUGGCUGUAACCAUUCAGCCUGGAGGUAACACCGACCUCAGCGAGAUGAAGCGAUAUGGAAAAGCGGAGCAGCUUAACUCAGCAGACACCUUCCUGGAUUUGGUCAGAAACGUGUUCCCGGAUAAUUUGAUCGUGGCUUGUUACAAUGCUUAUCGCACCAAGGAAGUUGAAAAAGAAGAGUUCAGGGAGGCUACAACGAACAGCACCGCCUCAAUAACCACAUUAUCUCCUGAACCGACGACUACCUUGUCUCCUAGAUCAAUAACCACAUUAUCGCCUAGUUCAACAACAAUCCCAGAAAAUGGAACAGAGCUGGUGGCGGUGACGGUGAUAGAGCUGGUGAACGGCGGCACGGGGAAACCCAACGUGCUGGGAGUCGUCAUGUUCUCCAUCCUCUUUGGUGUCAUGCUGGGCCGUAUGGGGGAGCGCGGGAAACCAAUCGUCCACUUCUGCGACUGCCUGGUGGAGGUCACCAUGAGGCUGUUCACCAUGUUCCUCUGGUACUCCCCAGUGGGUAUCGCUUUCCUAAUCGCUGCCAAGAUUGUGGAGAUGGAGGACUUCAACGUAUUGCUGGGCAAGCUUGGGAUGUAUUUUAUCACCGUUCUCAUCGGUCUCUUCAUCCAUGGAUCCAUCAUUCUACCUUUCUUGUAUUUCAUAACGGUCAGAAAGAAUCCAUACAAGUUCAUAUACGGAAUUUCACAAGCCAUGGCGACAGCCUUUGGUACAUCCUCCAG